UCGAACAGAAAAUUACACAUGGAUAAACCAGCCAAUGACUUGGACAAAAGCUCAGCAGUACUGCAGAGAGCAUUAUACUGACUUGGCCAGUGUGACAAAUCCAACAGAUAAUCAAAGAAUCUCAAACCUUACAGUUGGCACUGUGGCUUGGAUUGGUUUAUACAGGACCAGACUCUGGUCAGACAAACAGGUAUCCACAUAUGAAAAUUGGAGACCAGCCACCUAUCAACAGCCAGACAAUGGUAUUAAUAAUCCCUGGGAAUCCGGAAAUCAGCACUGCACUGCUGUCUCAUUCAGAGACUCAGGUCAUUGGACAGAUGAGGACUGCAUAUCCACCUUCCCUUUUAUCUGCUAUAACAGAUCAUCAUGCACCCUCCAUCAGUAUCACUUUGUUAAUGAGAAAAAGACCUGGACUGAAGCCCAGAGCUACUGCAGAGAGAAUUACACUGACCUGGCAACCAUUAAUAACAUGGAGGAAAUGAACACACUCCUUAACACAGUAAAUGGAAUCUACUCAGGUUUAGCCUGGAUUGGACUGUAUGAUGAUCUGAACAGCUGGAGAUGGUCUCUGGGUGAUGAUGCUUUCUACAAGAAUGGAGAGAGAGACUUUAGAAGAUGGUAUAUAAAUGAACCGAGGAACUGGAAUGAAAAUAGAGAAAAUUUCUGUGUAUAUUUUGCAGUUUAUGAAGCAGUUUGGAAAGAAGCCUCUUGUUCUACAACACUUCCAUUUAUGUGUUUUGAUGGCAGAGUGAAUGCCAGUGAGAGAUAUGUCCCGGUUUAUCAGCACAUGAACUGGACUGAAGCUCAGAAAUACUGUAGAGAACAUUACACAGACCUGGCCAUUGUGAGGAACAAGACUGAGAACCAGAAGAUCAGAUUGUUAUUAGCUAAUUAUAAUAAACUAGAUGAUAAUCAUUAUUAUAAUUACUAUGGUGAUAACUAUUAUUUUUAUUAUUAUUAUUACUAUUAUAAGCAUAAACCUUAUUGGAUCGGCUUGUACAGAACCAGUGUUUGGUCGGACCAAAGCAACUCUUAUUUCAGCAACUGGAAACCUGGACAAUCAGAUAAUUACACACAGAAUGAAUCCUGUACUGCUGUGUCAUUUAAUGAUGAUAAUUAUGGGAAAUGGACAGAUGAAAACUGUGGCCAAACUUUUCCAUUCCUCUGUUAUAGCACAAUACCAUCAACAUCCUCUCAUCAGUAUCACUUUGUGAAUGAGAAUAAGACCUGGAUCGAAGCACAGAGAUACUGCAGAGAGAAUUACACUGACCUGGCUACUGUUGAUAACCUGGAGGAAAUGAACACACUCCUUAACACAGUAAAUGGCAGCUACUCGGGUUUAGCCUGGAUUGAACUGUAUGGUGAUGAUGACAGCUGGAGAUGGUCUCUGGAUGAUGAUGCUUUCUACCAGGAGGGAGAGAGAGACUUCAGAGGAUGGGAACAUCAACCUGAUAACUAUAAUGGAAAUGAGAUGUGUGUUUCCAUGGGGAAUGGAGGGCUGUGGUUUGACAAGCCUUGUACUGACAGAAAAUCAUUUGUUUGCUAUAAUGGUAAGCUCUGUCAGAAAGUGGAAACAUUUUGGUUGAGUAUGAACAACAGAUAUGUAUGGAUUUAUCAUCAAAAGAUUUGGGAAGAAGCUCAGCACUUUUGCCGAGUGCAUUACACAGACCUGGCCAGUGUGAGGCAUGAGGCUGAACUUCAGAAAAUACUGAGCAUCAUGAACGAGGACGAGGUAUGGAUAGGUCUGUAUAGGAACCGAUUAUGGUCAGAUCAGAGCAAUUCAACCUUCACAUAUUGGAGACCAGAGAGUCCAGAACCAACAGCAGAGCCUGAUAAUGGUGUGAAUUCACCUGGACAAAUUGGAAGCCAACACUGUACAGCUGUGGAUCAUUCUGGCCAAUGGACAGAUGAAAACUGUUUAGCUAGAUUCCCUUUUAUCUGCUACACUGGGUUUUUCAGCCUUGGGGUCUGUCUUCCUCAUAAGUAUCACUUCAUUAAUGAGAAUAAGACCUGGUCUGAAGCACAGAGAUACUGCAGAGAGAAUUAUGUUGAUUUAGCCUCUAUUACUAACACAGAAGAGGACUUGGCCCUUACAAACAUAACAGACAUCUGGAACAGCAGGCGAGCCUGGAUUGGUCUGUAUGAUGAUCUGAACAGCUGGAAAUGGUCUCUGGAUGAUGAUUCUUUCUACAAGGAGGGAGAGAGAAGCUUUAGAAACUGGUAUAUAGAGAAGCCAAUAGACUGGUAUGAAAUCAGUUUGUGUGUGUAUUUAUCUACUUAUGAUGGAGCUUGGUGGGAGACGUCUUGUUCCACAAUGCUUCAUUUCAUUUGUUUUGAUGGCAGAGUGAAUGCAAGUGAGAGAUUUGUCCUGGUUUAUCAGAACAUGAAUUGGACUGAAGCUCAGAGAUACUGCAGAGAACAUUACACAGACCUGGCCAUUGUGAGGAACGAGACUGAGAACCAGGAGAUUAAAUCGAUGUUUAAUAAUACGUAUUUUUCAAGUUUUUGGAUCGGCCUGUACAGAACCAUAUCUUGGUCAGAUAAAAGAAACUCUUCAUUCAGCAACUGGAAACCUGGACAACCAGAUAAUUACAGACAGAAUGAAUCCUGUACUGCUGUGUCAUUUAAUGAUUCUGGGAAAUGGACAGAUGAAAACUGUAGCCAUGCUUUUCCAUUCGUUUGUUACAGCACAAUGCUGCCAUUACUCUCUCAUCAGUAUCACUUUGUGAAUGAGAAUAAGACCUGGACUGAAGCACAGAGAUACUGCAGAGAGAAUUACACUGACCUGGCUACUAUUGAUAACAUGGAGGAAAUGAACACACUCCUUAACACAGUAAAUGGCAGCUACUCAGGUUUAGUCUGGAUUGGACUGUAUGGUGACAGCUGGAGAUGGUCUCUGGAUGAUGACGGGUUCUACGAGGAGGGAGAGAGAGACUUCAGAGGAUGGGAACAUCAACCUGAUAAUGAUGGAAAUGAGAUGUGUGUUUCCAUGGGGUACGGAGAGUGGUGGUUUGACAGACCUUGUACUGACAGAGGAUCAUUUGUUUGCUACAGUAUAAUGGUAAGGUAUGAACAACACAUAUGUAAUGAUAUAUGUUCAAAAGACUUGGGAAGAAGCUCAGAGCUUUUGCAGAGUGAAUUACACAGACCUGGCAAGUGUGAGAAAUCAGACCGAACUUCAGCAAAUAAUGAGCAUCGUGAACAGUUCUGA